UUUAAAUCUCAUUGUUUCAAUGUUCCUUUGAUCUCUACAUGGAGAUGCACACUUGACCUAGGGUUUGAUCAUACCGAUUCCAAAACUCAGUUCGAACUGAAUGUAAAAAGAUGGACUUUUGAGUGGAGAUUAGUAUGGAAGAUAUGACAAUCAAGAUAUUUCAUCUGUUUUGAAUUUUGAUAGCCUUAGAGAUUACAACAUGGACGAUGAGAGCGGCCUUGAGCUCAGCUUGGGUUUAUCUUGUGGUGGCUUGUCGGUCAAAUCCAAGGAUAAGAAUGGUGGCUCCUCGGAUAUUAAAGCUGAAGAAGUUGGUAGAGGUGGUAAAAUGGUUGAUGACUUUAAGAGCAUAUUUGAUAAUGGUCCUCAGAAGCCAGAGACAAUUACUGGGACUCGAAGAACUGAUUACUCAAAGCCUGAGGAGAAUUUCUUUAGUGUUAUUUCAAAGGUGAAGGAAGAUAAUGCUUCUUUGAAUUUAAAUGGUAGAGGAUUUCUGGUUGCAAACAGUAAUAAACCUAUUGAAAUCGAGGAAGAUAAACGAUUAGAGGCAGUAAACAAGCGGAAAAUGUCUUUUGAUGAGAUGCAUAAUCAAAAGAAGCAUGAUAGCGAUGUUCAUUAUGCUGAUUUACAUGACAGGGGAAGAACAUCUCACAUUUCUCUAACAGAAGAUGGCUCCACAGCAGAAAAUGAAGAUGUGGCAGAUUCUGAAGCUGAUAACUCCACCUCUAGGCCUAUCUCACAUCACAGUGAUGGUCCUAAAGGAUUCAUCAGAGUUGGCGCUUCUUCUGAUGCUCCAAAAGAGAUUCGUGGAGUCGGUAACUCGAAUACCAGUGACUUUAAUGGGCAGAAGAGGUUUACUGGAUCAUCAGAAAAAGAUUUUAAGCAUGCAAACAUGACUUAUGGCACUUCCUUCUCUGUUCAUCCAGUAAAUAUGAUGAAUGUGCCUUACCCUUCUCCAGUAAAAGAAUCCAACUCUGUUGGGGCACCAGGCCCUCAGAUACCUGGAGUGAUGCAUGUGAUGCCUACUGCAACUGGUGAACGCUCAGGAGCCCAAUCUGUGAGUAAUGGGAGCUUGCCAGUGAUGUUUGGAUAUCCUUCUGUUCAGCUUCCCAUGUUGGAUAAGGAUAGUUCAUGGGGUUUGGUUUCUCGUCCUCAACAGUUACACCUUUCCUUUGCUGGGAGAGGUCCAAAUAAUUCAGCUGGCCUAAACAAUAUUUCCGAGGCCAUGCCAUAUGAGGGUAGGCCAUUAGAACGAACGAAAGGAGAUGGAAAACAGCGUGUAACUGAAGAAGGCUCCUCUUCACAACCUGAAGAUGUGAAAGGAAGCAGUACAAACCUCAGGGCCAAGGAUGUGUCAGACCAGUCAACAGAAGGUUCCACCAUUGAUUUCUCAAAUAUUAAACCAGGUCUUGCUGCAGAUGUGAAAUUUGGUGGAUGUGGUUCCUACCCAAAUCUCCCUUGGGUAUCCACCUCAGGUUCAGGCUCAAAUGGAAGGACAAUAUCUGGUGUUACUUACAGAUACAGCAAUAACCAAAUCAGAAUUGUCUGUGCAUGUCAUGGUUCUCACAUGACCCCUGAAGAGUUUGUUCGCCAUGCAAAUGAAGACCAAAGCAAUCCAGAGGGCAAUGCAGUUUUGGGGACAGUUGCAAAUGGCAAUCCUGGUGCAUCUUCUCACGGCUAGAUCCUUGUACCAUCUAAGUUGGACCUUACUAAUAUUGUUAUCAAAAAGACAGUCAGAGAAAUGGGGCUUUAAUUUUUGUAUAGAUGAAUGAGAUUCCUACCAUUUUUCUGUACAAACUUUAAUAACCUAUUUGGCUAUUUCACUUUAAUUACUUGUAGCAGCUGCAAUCCAGACUGCAGUUGUAUGUAAUAAUGAUUCAGCAUCAUCUGUUCUAUUAAAUAACAAUUAAGCAUAUGAUUUUAUGCCAGCA